GCAGCAGCUUCUUGCAGCGUAUUUCUCUGCCUGCAGGAUAUUUUCCAGCGCAGAGGGGACCACUCAGACGGUGUGUUCAGCCCAGAAGAAAGAACUCCAUGAAGCAGGACAAGACAGAGGUCACCCCCAGCCCAGCCUACCACUAACUCCAAGGACAGCCACACGGUACCUACCUGCACUGAUUGGCAGCUGCUAGCAGAGGACUUGGCUCUGAGAACUGUGAGCACUGAAAAUGGCAAGAUUCCUGGGUUUAACCCAUAACCACUGUUUCUUCAUGCUGUUCUUCAUCUCCCUGAGCCCCCUGGGCCUUGCCCAGUAUGAAGACUGGUCCUACCUCCCUGGUUACCCUGAGCCACCCCCACAAGUGUACCAACCUCCUCGAAGACCCACAAAUGUCCCCAAGAUCCAGCUGAGGCUCGCAGGGCAGAAGAGAAAACACAACGAAGGCAGAGUGGAGGUGUUCUACAGCGGCGAGUGGGGCACGGUGUGUGACGAUGACUUCUCCAUCCACGCUGCACACGUGGUCUGCAGGGAGCUGGGCUACGUGGAGGCAGUGUCUUGGUUACCAAGCUCAAAGUAUGGAAAAGGAGAAGGGAAAAUUUGGAUGGACAAUGUCCACUGUAAUGGCAAGGAGACCACCCUGGCAGCAUGUACAUCAAAUGGCUGGGGAGUAACUGACUGCAAACACACUGAAGAUGUUGGAGUGGUCUGCAGUGAAAAAAGAAUCCCUGGCUUCAAGUUUGACAACUCAUUGCUUAACCAAAUAGAGAACAUGAACAUCCAGGUGGAAGAUAUAAGGAUGCGUGCCAUCCUGGCCACCUACCGCAAGCGAGUGCCUGUCACAGAGGGUUACGUGGAGGUGAAGGAUGAAGGGAUCUGGAAGCAGAUCUGUGACAAGCACUGGACCAUGAAAAAUUCCCGAGUUGUCUGUGGCAUGUUUGGAUUUCCGAGCGAGAGGAAAUACAACACCAACGUCUACAAGAUGUUUGCCAGCAGAAGGAAGCAGCAUUACUGGGCUUACUCAAUGGACUGCAAUGGGAAUGAAGCUCAUAUCUCCAGCUGCAAACUGGGCAAUCACCUCAACGUGGAUGCAGAGAAGAACGCGACGUGUGAGAACGGGAUGCCAGCAGUAGUCAGCUGUGUCCCUGGACGUGCCUUUGCUCCCAGCAGCCACAGUGGCUUUCGAAAAGCUUUCAGGCAAGAGCAACCACUGGUGAGGCUGAAAGGAGGAGCCAACACUGGUGAAGGACGAGUUGAAGUGCUGAAAAACGGGGAGUGGGGAACGGUUUGUGAUGAUAACUGGAACCUGGUGUCAGCCAGCGUGGUGUGCCGAGAGCUGGGCUUCGGGAGCGCCAAGGAGGCAAUAACGGGUGCAAGGCUUGGGCAAGGCAUGGGUCCAAUUCAUCUGAACGAAAUUGACUGUACGGGCUUUGAAAAAUCAGUCACGGAUUGCAAGUUCAACACAGAGUCACAGGGUUGUAACCAUGAAGAAGAUGCUGCUGUGAGAUGCAACGUUCCAGCGAUGGGUUUCCAGAAUCAGCUGCGUCUGAGUGGUGGCCGCAACCCUUACGAGGGCCGGGUGGAGGUGUUGGCGGAACGCAACGGCACUCUGAGGUGGGGCACUGUCUGCAGUGAGAACUGGAGCACCGUGGAGGCCAUGGUGGUGUGUCGGCAACUGGGCCUGGGGUUUGCCAGCCACGCCUUCCAGGAAACCUGGUACUGGCAUGGAGACAUCAGUGCUGACAACGUGGUAAUGAGUGGUGUCAAGUGUUCGGGGACAGAGAUGUCCCUGGCCCACUGUCGUCACGAUGGAGCUCACGUCUCCUGUCCCAGAGGAGGUGGUCGUUUUGGUGCUGGUGUGUCCUGCUCAGAGACUGCCCCUGACCUGGUGCUCAACGCUGAGCUGGUGCAGCAGACAGCCUACCUGGAGGACCGCCCCAUGUUCAUGCUGCAAUGUGCACUGGAGGAGAACUGCCUGGCCAGCUCGGCCGUCAACACCUCCAUCACUUCUGGGUACCGGCGCCUGCUGCGCUUCUCCUCCCAGAUCCACAACAACGGCCAGUCCGAUUUCCGCCCCAAGAACGGCCGCCACGCCUGGGUCUGGCACGACUGUCACCGGCAUUACCACAGCAUGGAGGUUUUUACCCACUAUGAUCUACUGAACCUCAAUGGAACCAAGGUGGCUGAAGGACACAAAGCCAGCUUCUGUCUGGAAGACACCGAAUGUGAAGAAGAUAUACAAAAACAGUACGAAUGUGCCAAUUUUGGUGAGCAAGGAAUCACGGUUGGAUGCUGGGAUGUGUACCGUCAUGACAUCGACUGCCAGUGGAUCGAUAUCACCGAUGUCCCACCAGGAGAUUACCUCUUCCAGGUUGUCAUCAACCCCAACUAUGAAGUUGCUGAAUCUGAUUAUUCAAAUAACGUGAUGAAAUGCAGGAGUCGGUACGACGGGCAGCGCAUCUGGAUGUACAACUGCCACAUAGGUGGCUCUUUCAGUGAAGAAACCGAAGAGAAGUUUGAUCACUUCAGUGGACUCACAAAUAACAAGGUGUCCACCCGAUAGAAGGGCAUCACCUCCCACCCCACUAUUUAAAGAAGCGAGGUUUCCUGCUUCGGUUAUUUCCCUAACCACUG